CGCGAAUACAAAAUUUAUUUCGGCAAGAGGCCUGGCCGGCAAGAGGCCUUUCGGGAGUCCAAGUCGAAGUCGGGAGUGGCAGACCUUCGGCCCUUCCAAAUUCCGGUCGCCCAUCGCCUAUCGUCUGCUGUGGCAGAACAUGAGGUGUUCGCUGGCCUAAUACUUCGACUCUGCAACCAUCAAUUCUCUAGUCUUCCUAUUUCAGGUGGGAGCCUUUGCGUUUGCGGCACUGGAGUAAUGAUGAUGAUGAUGAUGAUGAUGGAUAAGUCUAUUAAAUAACUUAAAUGCCUUAGUAGCAAGUGGUUAACUCAGACAUGGUAGGGUGAUCGUGUGAAGUUGGUUACCAAUAACGUGUACAAAACGCUGCAUGGUGAAUUCCAUUCGCCACCUGGAAUACUUUUAAACAUACUGCGUGUGUUCUAAACUCCUAUGAGCAUCUGUAAGUUCUCUUCGAAUUUAUGGACUCCAAGAUGGCGCAAAGACGUUGGAACAUCGUCUAUGGUUGUGCGUUCAAGCUGGUGGCUCGUGAAAAGUUACCAACAAAUACCGGGUGUUUCUGCUUGGAUCAGAAGCUUCAGUUUCACCUUAUCUGCUUUGUCUGAUCCCAACAAUGUUAAUAGCACUUCUUCCUCUAAUCGCCCACUUGAAUAUGAGCGCUUGCUUCCAUGCCCCUCACAAAAUUCACCUCCCAGAGUGGAGCACUUAGUUGUAAUGAAGGAAUGCCCUGUUUUGGAGUACAUUAGUGAAACAUUGGAUCUGCCUCGAUUAUCUCAUUCAUUUUGGAGCUGUAUAUUAUGCUUUAGUAUGCCCAAAGCCACCUCCCACUGCAACAUCUGAGCAAACUAAAUUAUAUGAAGAAGUUACUGCUCCAUCAGUGUUAAAAAAGAGAGAAUCGAUUAAAGGUAAAACGUUCAGGGAAGCACAGAAAACAUUCCGUAUAAGUUCUGCUAACCACAUCCUCGAAGCUGGAACUUACCUACGGGUGCAUGUUCACCCAAAACGCUUUCCUAGGUGCUACGAGAUUGAUUGGAAGUCUAGAAUUAUUGCAGUGACUGAAUCCUAUGUUGUUUUGGACAAACCUGCUGGCACAUCUGUUGGAGGAACAACAGAUAACAUUGAAGAAAGUUGUGCCACAUUUGCUACUCGUGCAUUGGGAUUGCCUACUACAUUGCUUACUACUCAUCAGAUUGAUAAUUGUACGGAAGGAUGUGUUGUGUUGGCUCGAAUGAAGGAGUACUGUUCAGUGUUUCAUGGAAAAAUCAGGGAAAAAAAGGUGAAAAAACUUUAUGUUGCUCUUGCUACUGCACCUGUCCCAACCGGGAUAAUUACACAUUACAUGCGUCCCAUUAAUUCUGCCCCAAGAAUUAUUUCUGAAGAUUUUAUAAAAGGUUGGCAAAUGUGCAAACUUGAGGUUCUGGAAUGCAAGAAGAUACCCUGGCCCAGGAGUUCAAUUGAAAGGGAAUACAAUAUUGAAAAUGGUGGAUGGCCCUCAAAGGAAUUUGCAUAUGAGUGUACAAUUAACCUUCUGACUGGUCGGACGCAUCAGAUUCGAGCCCAACUAGCAGCCUGUUUUGCACCUAUAGUGGGCGAUUCAAUGUAUAUGCCUGCUGCUAUUGCUGAGAUGAAUUGUCCAGGGUGUAACCCAUAUGGAAAAACUGGUAAAGAAUACGCAAGCGAAAAUGACAAAUCAUUUGCUGUGGAAGAGUGGAUUGCUCAACAUGGAAAGGAGCCUAGUAUUGCUGUUGGCCUUCAGGCAUGCCAAAUUUCAUGGGAUGAUGAUGGAGACCACCUUUAUGAGGCUGGAUCUCCCUGGUGGAGAUCAUAACCCCGUUAGUAAUCUCUUGACCUGUCCAUGUCAAAACUCUUAUCACAUUGAGGAACAUAUAAUGUAAUGGUUCAUGAAGACUUCCACAACACUAUGCCCAUGUCCUAGAGAGAAUGAUGCUCUACCUCAUCUUCUGGAGUUUAGUUAGUUAGUGGGGGUUGGGGGUUGGUUGGAGAGGGGACCGGAAUUGCACCGGGGGUGUGCUGGCAUUGAGUCGGAUGCGGUUAGGAUCGGUUCCUGGGCAAUUUCCGGUUCAGUUAUUUUUUUUUUGCUAUUUCAGUUAUUACAUGAUAAGCACACAUAUAUUCAAUAACGAAAGAACAGUAUGUAUUUGCAUUUAGAUAUACUUUAAAUAAUAUAAACCAU